AUGAUUCUCUACCCCUUUUAUCUCAACGUCCGCUUCUCUACGCUCUCCGACUCUCCACACUCAUCCUCCUCCUCCUCCUCCUCCUCCGCCUCCUCCUCCCGUCCCACUUACAGCAAUCUGGACAACAACUUGUUGGCAGGCUCCCUCCCUUCAACACUCUCUGCCCUCUCCUCCGCCACUUACCUGUACCCACCCUCUCCUUCCUUUCCACCCCUUUCUCAUAUUCUUGUUCCUUACCUGGUGUCUGCACCUCCUCUCACCCCAGUUUUCCGGAUUCUAUGUCUCAACAACACUUUCUCUAAUCAAUUUGAGCCGCCUCAAAACUCUCAAUCCCUCUCAAUCCCUCUCAAUUCCUCGUCCCAUUUGCUCCAUUCUCUCCCUCUCAAUCCCUCUCAAUCCCUUCUUCCGCUCCUUUGCCAGCGGUCUGGCCAACAACUCUCUCUCUGGGCCGCUUCCCAUAUCCAUUGGCAACCUCACCAACCUUGUCACCCUCGAUCUAGGCAGCAAUCAUUUCUCAGGGGAGAUUCCCUGUUUCUUAGCAGCCUCACACACGUAGAGACACUGGACCUCUCCGCCAAUCAGCUUGCAGGAACGAUUCCCGGCGCCAUCAGCUCCAUGCCGCGAUUGCGACAGCUGAAUCUCUCGUCCAACAGUCUUGCAGGCUCCGUCCCUUCCACCACCACCUUGCUCACCAACCUCACCUCGCUUGAUCUGUCACGCAACAACCUCUCAGGGACGAUACCAGCUUCCUUCUCCACCCUCACUGGUCUGCAGGCGCUCGAUUUAAGCUACAACCCUCAGCUCAGUGGGUCCGUUCCCGCUUCCCUGGGACAGCUCAGCAACCUGACGAUGCUUGCAACGAACGCCACCAGCACCACCUGUCCCCUCCCAUCUACACCGUGCGAGGUGCCCCAGUCACUCAUCUCAGCCUUCUGUCAAGCCUGCCCCGACUUCUGCUCCUCCUGCUGCACCUCCUGCACCGACCCCUGCACCAGCUACCCCUCCAAUCCAUGCGGCCCAGGCGACUGCAUACCCACCUCCUCUCCUCCCACCCCUGCUUCUGCUUCCACCAAGGGGGCACCUCCACCAGUCUCCACCCCAGCUCCCCCAGUGUCUGCUACCUUCUCUCCUCCUCCUCCGCCUAACAGCUCCUACACGUGCCGCUGCUCGGCUGGUGCUGCUGCUGCUGUGGGAGCCAAUGGGCUGCCGACAUGUGUGAUUCCUUCCCCGCCGCCUCAGGAGUCAUCCAGUGCAGUUGCCAUGCCGACCGGGGCGAUCAUCGGCAUCGCAGUCGCAUCCUUCGCUGUGCUUGUCUGCUGCUUCACGCUCAUCUUCCUCUGCUGGCGAUGGCGCCACACCAGCCAGAGCAGGGAGCUGGUCAACCAAGGUACGCGCAAGUCAACACGGGUCAAUGCAGGUCAACACAGGUCAUGGUCAUCAAAGGUACCCCUAUGUGUUGCUUCACUCUCAUCUUCCUCUGCUGGCGAUGGCGCCACGCCAGCCAGAGCAGGGAGCUGGUCAGCCAAGGUAUGCAGGUUAAUGCAAGUCAGCACGGGUCAACAAAAUUCCACAACUGGUCAACAAAGGUAA